UGAAUGUAUGUUGCUUGCCUGAUUUGUACAGUGUCAUACUUAAAUGUUAUAUCUGAUAAGGUUUGUAGUAGUUUAGAAUAUCCUGUGUGUUAUUGGUUUGGAAGUAAUUACCAGAUGGUUGCAGUUAGGCCUAAUUUGUUUGAGUAAGAAAUGGUUGAGCCUAUUUUUGAGUAUCAGUUCAGAAUAAUUCUAAUUGGAGAUAGUACUGUUGGAAAAAGCACUCUCUUGAAAACAUUCACAGAAGGAAAAUUUGCAGAAGUAUCUGACCCUACAGUAGGCGUGGACUUUUUCUCCCGUCUGAUUGAGAUCAAGAACGGGGUAAGGGUUAAAUUACAGCUGUGGGAUACUGCUGGGCAGGAAAGAUUUAGGACCAUCACUCGAUGCUACUACCGGAAUUCAGUUGGAGCAUUGUUAGUUUAUGACAUGACUCGUCGACAAAGUUUUGAACACUUAGUGGACUGGUUGUUUGAAAUACGGAGACACAUAGAGCCUCAUAAGGCAGUGUACCAGGUUAUUGCUUGUAAAACUGAUAUCAAACACUGUAGAGAAGUGACUACGGAAGAAGGGAAGGCGUUUGCGGAGUUUUAUGGAAUCCGUUUUAUUGAAACUUCUGCAAAAAGUGGAGUCAAUGUGGAAGAGGCAUUUUCCCUCAUUGCCAAAGACAUAUACUUGAAAGUUCAAUCUGGAGAACUUCAAAUAGAAGAUGGUUGGGAUGGAAUAAAAGUAGGCUUCACAAAUCCAAGAGUAGAUGAUUAUUAUCUCGUUGAAGGAAAAGCAGAAAGGGGGCACUGUUGUUAGCUUAUGAAUUCUUUUUAAAACAGAGAGCAAAAUAACAAAAAUUCUAGAUCUCAUUUCUUGCUGUAUUGGGUGCCAUUUUUGUUGAUAUUAUUGAAUCAGUUUUACGCAUAAAGUCCAUAAAACGGUUUUCGUGAGUUUGUGUAGCAGUGUUUUGAGCUGCUGCUUACGAGACCUCCAAACAAGCAUUGCGCUGUUCCUAAUCUAGUUUUCUAUGAGGAAAUCAAAAGAAGCAUUGUUAUCUUGUGUGUAUAACCAAACAUGCUGUCCACAAAUGUAUAUUUUGUUGAAUAUUUUGAUUAGAAAUGAGUCAAAUAAAACACUUGCAUAUGUAGUACAAAUCAUUGUUGAUAAUAUUUUUUUUGAUUUUUACGAUGUUUUAGUUAAUGUUCGUAAAGAUAUUUUUUUACUACUUGAACUCUUCCCAUGCCAUAACUUCUCAUUAAUUAAUACGUUGCAGUGUUUUUCUAGAGACUAAGUUUGUCGAGGCCAUAAUUUUGAGUAACUGAGAAAGUCUGCAAGUUCAAAUCAAUACGCAGUAAAAACGGAAUGUGUAACUACUGUGAUGUAUUACUAAGUUAGCUAGUAUAUCCAUGUGUAUUUUCCCGAGUUCCAGAAAAUAUGCCAGCGUAUUGUGUAGAAUGUUUGAAAUACUUUUAACACCUCAGAAUCGUGGGUCGUAGUUUUUUAUACAAUUAUUAAAUAAUCUCAAGAACAUGCGUAAUAGAUAUAUCUUUGUUCCCUAGCCAACUUCCAUUAUUUACCUUGGAUAUGUUAUUUAUUUGAAAGAUGAAAUGUAUAAAAAAAAAGCUAUGAAACUACAAAAAUAUAAUAAUUUUAUGAUUUUUUUCCAUUCUAAACUUUCUUCAAUUACAGCCAAGAUUUUGCUUCUGCUCAAGUGAGUUGAGCUGGGGAUAGAUGGAAAAAUCGGGGCUCUAACUUCUUAUCGUGUUCGUGUAUAUUUGUGCUCGAAAGAACCAUUUAAUCCGUCAAGAAUAUCCUUUCACGUUCGACAACGGUUUUUAAUCACCAGUCCUAGCUAAACGUACCGUUUCUCACGCGUAUAAAUAUGCUCUUGUCUAACGGACGUCGAAGCAAGUUUCAAGUAAUAACAUAUUUUUUGUCAUUCCAACGAACGAGAUGAAAAUGUAGAAUUUGAAAGAUCGUAUGACCGAUACACAAAUGUUCCAGUUGACGUAUCGUUAUUUUAAUAUCCGUGUAAUAGAAUUAUUAUGCUGUUUAGAUUUGUUAUUAUAAAGUACAAUGUAAGAAUCCCCCUAUGAGAAUGUUUGUCUAGUCUUUUUACACAGUAAGUUUUUUUCUUGGGUUUGUUAUUCAGCUACCCUACAGACUCUGUAGUUUCUCGAAAAUUUAACAAUAACUAUAUUGUUUUAAACUGAUGACAGAAGUGCCCACAAUAUAAAGUAUCCUUUUUUCUACAUGUUUACCAAAGUUUUAUGGUUGGGGGUUUUCUGUUGACUGCUUCUGAUCUGGUUGAAGGACAGUAUUAGGAGCUUGAUUCACCCCCCGAAGCAGCUCGACGGCAAAGUCUGAACUGAUAGCAGCUAAAAACAUUGUCUACAGAUUACUGUAUAUGAUUGAAGCUUAUUUAAACUGCCUCAGCAAACCAUUACUACUCACCCCAUUAAAACCACUUAACACUGUUUUUGACUCUAUACUAGUGGGCUACAACAAAAUUCAAAGCAGAAGCAAUACACUUGUAUCUUUUUUUUUUUAACCCUACAAUGUUUUUUACACUACAUUCCUUAUAAAUCUUGUAUACAGUUAGAGAAAAGUGAUAAUCAUGUGUUUGUAACCACAUUAAAGUUAACGAAAUUAAUUAUAGAAGUGUAUACAAAACCUGUACAGGAGAAUACAUUCUACACUAUAGAUCUAAUUCGUAGGGUUAUUGUUAUACCCCUGAGUAGGUUGGAAGGUUUAAUACAGAAAUUGAUGGUGUUUGGUGUUAUUUCCAUUUUUUAUAGUUUAAUUUUAACAUAUUAUGUUUUCGUUUUUUUUUUUUUUUUGACAAAAAUAUAUGUAUAUUAGCAUGAAUCAUAUACAUGCUUGAUACAUCGUAUGGUAAAUAUAUGAAUUAUAUGAUAAUAUCCUAGUUUUUAUAUUUUCUUCUUUCAUUAAGGGUUUAACUAGGUAAAAAUCAGUUUUAGAAAAAAUAUUAUUUAAGCUAGUUGGUUUCAUAAAUGAUUAUAAUGAAAUUUUAACAAGAAUUUUCACGACUUAUGUUUAAAAAAACAAAGAUGGUGAUAUGUGAUUCUGAAUAUUAAGAGGUUCUUGUUGAAUAACGUAUUGUUAGAUACCGAUUUAAACAUGUUAGAUUUGAUGAUAAUGUCAAUGUUAAGUGAUUCAUGUAGCUACAAGAUACUGUUUUGUAAAUGACAGUAUAGUUGUUUGAUGAAAGAAAAUUCUAUUUUCUGUAUCUUAGCUAAUUGAUAUUGAGCUAAUCAGUAUGUAUAAAAAUGUUUUCAAGAGAUUUCUGGAGAAGGAUCAGAUCUGUACUCGAAACUCGGAAGUAAGUAUUUUUUUUUUUUUUUUUAGGGCAGCAAAAUGAAUAUUUUUGUUUGAACACUUUUUUGGAGAUACACGAUAUAUUCUGAUUAGAUGUGUUUGUUAAUAAUGACUGGAGGUGUUUGUCAGAUUUUGAUUGGAGAUGUUUGUUAGAUUCUUAUUGGAUUUGACGUGUUUGUUAAUUCUGACUAGAAACGUUUAAUAAAUCUUGAUUGGAUAUGUUUGUUAAUUCUGACUGGAAACUAUUUUUUUUAAUUCGUACUAGAGGUAUCCCAUAAUGCAAAGUGGCUGUAAAAUCCCGAUGGAGAUGUCUGAUAAAUCUUUAAUAUUUUUGGGUUCGUGUAUUAUCUCAUAGAAAAUCCUUCAGAUGGCUAUUUUCAGACCACAUUCAUUAUCUUAUCAAGCAUAAUAAUUGUACUGAAACGUUUUGCAGCAACGUUAUUGGGUUCGUGUAUUAUCUCAUAGAAAAUCCUUCAGAUGGCUAUUUUCAGACCACAUUCAUUAUCUUAUCAAACAUAAUAAUUGUACUGAAACAUUUUGCAGCAACGUCAUUAGUGUCGAUAUUUCAUGCUGUAUACUUCCAGUAGAAAUUAAUAUGAUAAAACACUGGUUUGUGAGUGCGCUUAAUAGGACAGCAUCUUUGUACAAGUACUCUUUGUUUCAGGUUAAGCACGAAGCUACACAAUGGGUUAUCUGUGCUCUGCCCACCACGGGUAUCGAAACCUGAAUUCUAGCGCCGUAAGUCCGCAGACAUACCGCCGUGCCACGGGGGGGGGGUACACCUUAGGUACUUGUUUGUUUGUAAUUAAGCCCAAAUCUACACAAUGGGCUAUCUGUGCUCUGCCCACCACGGGUAUCGAAACCCGGAUUCUAGUGUUGUAAGCGUGCAAGUACUAUGUACCAACAUUAUUACACGGAUUUAUGACGCUAAAAUCCAUGGUUUGAUACCCCACGGUGAACAGAGCGCAAUUAGCCCAUUAUGAUAUUGUUUUGCCCUAAACAAACAUACUGAAUACAUCUCGGUAAUUCGCGUUUCGUGUAUGCGUCGUCAUACUGACACUGUUUGUAAUUCGUUUAUGUAGUUCGUGUGUUUUCAAAAAUGUUAAUAAGAAAAUAAUCCGUUAUGUAGCUUUGUACAUAACAACAAACUCUUUAAUUCUCCGUGUUUCCGGAUUUUAUCACGCAGUAGACGCAUUUUUUGUUAUAUAAUAAUUAAAAAUAACGUUAAAUAGAUCAUGAUAAUAAAAAAAAUAGAUAAUAAUAGAGGGAAUUAGUGUUUCGCUAUGAACCAUAUUGUUAAUAUAACAGUUGAGUCAGGUGCUAUCGUUGUUCCUGAUUAAAUAACGUAUAUCUGUUUUGUAUCGCGUUCAUUCGGUCAUUUCUAAAAUAAUUUGGUUGCUUUUAUGAAUUAAGCACCAGAAAUUAAUCGAAAUUAGGAAAUUUAAUUUUAGACCCGGGCUGUAAUGGGUGCGCACGUUCCUUCUCGUCGUUCGGUUAAAUAAACCUUACUCCAUCCCACGUCAAUUUUAUAUUUACAUCCUACACCUCUGUAAAGUACGAGUUUAUUCUGCUGGUGUGCUUCUUAAGAAAAUUUAAAAUAUUUUAUUGGUAUAACUUUGUAUUUAUGGGAUUGUGAUAAGUUUUCGAGAUUUUUGUCACCGAAAAGUUACUGCUAUUUUUGUCAGUCGAAAUAAAUAUUAAAACUGGAAUGAGUGGCAAGCACGAAAACACAGCUGGAAAAAAAGAGUCUGUAUAUGUAUUGGAUUACAUUAUAUGAAACUGCUAAAAUAAUAAAAUGUAUAUCCAUAUAUUUA